AUGCGCCUCGCCGGCGGCGCCGGCUCCCCCCGGGCGGCACCUUCGCCGGGGAACGGCAGCCGGUGGCGGGCGGCGGAGCCCGGCGGUGGCGGUGGUGGCGGGAACAGCAGCCCCAGCCCCGAGGCGUGGUCGGGGUCGCCCAACGGCAGCCUGGGGGACUGGGACCCCUUCGGGCGGGACGAGGAGCUGGCGAAGCUGGAGAUCGCCGUGCUGGCUGUCACCUUCGCGGUGGCGGUGGUGGGGAACGGCAGCGUGCUGCUGGCCCUGCGGCGCACGCCGCGCAAGGCGUCCCGCAUGCACCUCUUCAUCCGCCACCUCAGCCUGGCCGACCUGGUGGUGGCCUUCUUCCAGGUGCUGCCCCAGCUCUGCUGGGAGGUGACUCACCGCUUCCACGGCCCCGACGGGCUCUGCCGCGUCGUCAAGCACCUACAGGUCUUCGGCAUGUUCGCCUCGGCGUACAUGCUGGUGGCCAUGACCGCCGACCGCUACAUCGCCGUCUGCCACCCGCUGAAGACGCUGCAGCAGCCCACCAAGCGCUCCUACGGGAUGAUCGCGGCGGCCUGGGCGCUCAGCCUGCUGCUUAGCACCCCCCAGUACUUCAUCUUCUCCCUCAGCGAGGUGGAGCGCGGCUCGCAGGUCUACGACUGCUGGGCGCACUUCAUUAUGCCCUGGGGGCCCCGCGCCUACAUCACCUGGAUCACCGGCGGGAUCUUCGUCGCGCCCGUCCUCAUCCUCGUCACCUGCUACGGUUUCAUCUGCUACCGCAUCUGGCGCAACGUCAGGGGCAAGACGCGCCCGGGGCCGACGGCGGCGGCGGAGGGCAGCGGAGGGCGGCGGGGGGACGGCGGCGGCCCCCGGCGGGGGCUGCUGCUCGCCCCUUGUGUCAGCAGCGUCAAGAGCAUCUCCCGCGCCAAGAUCCGCACCGUCAAGAUGACCUUCGUCAUCGUCUCGGCGUACGUCGUCUGCUGGGCGCCUUUCUUCACCAUCCAGAUGUGGUCCGUCUGGGACCAGCGCUUCCCUUGGGUCGAUUCUGAAAACACCGCGACUACGGUCACGGCUCUGCUGGCCAGCCUGAACAGUUGCUGUAACCCGUGGAUCUACAUGUUCUUCAGUGGGCAUCUCCUGCAAGACUGCAUACAGAGCUUCCCUUGCUGCCAAAAAAUAAAGCAAACGCUGAGUAAAGAAGAUUCAAACAGCAACAGUAGACGACAGACUUCUUUUACCAACAAUAGAAGCCCAACGCACACCCUGAACACCUGGAGAGAGUCUCCCCACUCCAAAUCGACCAGUUUCAUCCCCAUCCCAACCUGAGACAGGCCCCGGGGCAGGCAGGGUUUGCAGACCCCAAACAGCACUACAGAAGGUUAUGGCA